AAUAUACCUGAAGUGCGCAAAGCAUUGCACGUAAGGCCUGAAGACACCCAUCAGUGGAGUGAUUGUGGGGGCAGUUAUUCGGGUUCGCCUACAGAUCAACGCAAAACUUUUGAUCAGUUGUUAAAUGAGUUUAAAAUCGGGAAAAUUGUUGUAUUUAACGGUAACUUCGAUACGGUGUGCGAUCACAUCGAUAAUCAACGGUUUGUCGAUAGUUUGGGACUUCAAAAGGUUAAACAUUAUAGCGGGUGGAAGACAUCUGACGGAACUUUGGCUGGUUUUGCACAGAAGUACGAGAAGGGCGUGAGUUUUGUGUUGGUUCGCGGGGCCGGACAUAUGGUCCCACACGACAAACCCGAGUCCGCACUACAGUUACUAAAGAAUGUAAUCGGAAAUGGCUUUUAA